AUGAACCCAUUUGGUGUCAACGACACAUUCGAAAGUGAUGCUAGAGUGCAAGAGUCUUUCUUGUUAAAAAUCCCUUCGUUUUAUGAAUCCGUGUCACUGUUGACGUCACUUUUAAUGUUAGAAACGAAUUCGGGCUUAGCGGUGAUCACGAUUUUCGCUUUCCUCAUUUGGCGAUAUGCUGCCAAGAGAUCCAGAAUACAGAAAAAUCAACGAACAUGUGAAGAAGCCAGUGAAAUCCACACGGAGUCCUUGGGAUUGCAAGUCAUACGUAACGAGCCUUUUCCAUAUGGAGCUUGCAACUUAUCCUCCCCCGGUGACCCUGAAUGGGAAAUACCACGAGCGAGGCUGAAUGUAGAGAAGGUCAUUGGACGUGGUGCAUUUGGCGUGGUCUCACGAGGCUUGGCAUUAGACCUGCCGGGAAAACCAGGAUGGACUGUGGUAGCAGUGAAGAGUGUUCAAGAGGAUGCUUCUGAAAAAGAGAAGAGAGACCUGUUGUCUGAGAUGUCAGUCCUUAAACACCUUGAUCCUCACCCUCACGUCAUUCGCCUGUACGGCUGUGUUACUACUGAAGCCCGGCUCCUCGUAGUUGUCGAGUAUGCGCAGUCUGGUGACUUGCUUGGGUAUCUCAGGAAGAGCCGAGGAGUUCGAGAUAACUACUACAGUGAUCCCUCUUUCGAACCUCGCACCGACCUUACCUCUAAGCAGCUCCUACGGUUCGCAUGGCAGAUCAGUGAUGGAAUGGACUACUUGUCGAAGAAAAAGAUCAUUCAUCGUGACUUGGCCGCGAGAAAUGUAUUGGUUGGUGACGAAGACGUUUGCAAAAUCACAGAUUUUGGAAUGGCCAGAGAUGUCUGGAAAGAGGACAUAUAUGUGCGAACCCAUGAGGGCCGUCUUCCAAUUAAAUGGACGGCACCCGAAGCUCUAUUUGGAAGUGGUGCAUACACGACACAGAGUGAUGUGUGGAGCUUUGGUGUGGUCAUGUACGAGAUCUUCACUGUCGGUGGAGACCCGUUUCCUGGGGUGUAUAUGAGAGAUAUCCCCGCCUUGUUGAAGGACGGGUACAGGAUGCCGCGCCCAAAGUUUGUCAGUGAAAAACUGCACAGCAUCAUGAUGGAAUGCUGGAAGAAUGAACCCUUAGAAAGGCCAGACUUUGAGUGUCUUCGGUCACGAAUACACAGCAUGGUCAGGGACGCAGAACAGGAUUAUGUCAACUUGAAAGGGCUGUUAUAUGAAAAUGUGUUACCAACCAAUUUAAGUGAAGAAUUUUCAGCCUAGCAACUGAGCCAAAUUUAACAAAAUCAAUACAGAUAUAGUUCCCACGCAAAGAAAGCAGUAUAAAAAGACUAAAACUAUAGCAAUAAUCAAAGAAUAGUAAAGUAUGUUCGAUGAGAUAUCUUAUGUAAGAAGUGAAUGCUAUAGCUAAAAAGAAUAUAAGAAGUAUUAUUAACCAACUACACCACAAAUAUCUCGCGGUAUUUGUACUCUAGCUAGAGAACCGGUUAGACAGGUUCUCUCGCAUCGCGCAAGCGACGAGUUGGAUGAAGUUCCAGAAAAAAAAAAAAUGAUGGACAAUUUAAUCAUUUUUCUAACGACGAAGGGUCGGAAUGGCUUGCAAGUAUUGAUCUAAGUUUGUCAGAUAAAUCGAAGGAAGAAAAGCAGUUAGAGGACAUUGGAAUUUCAUCAUCUAUUAAAGAAAAUAGAAACAGCAACACGACAACGCGACAAUUCCGUUCCGCUUCGUAUACUUCUGUCACGCACUCCCCGUGAAUAAAUAUCCGCGAAAUUUGCCCGCAUUGAAAUAACAGUUUGGCGUGUUGGAUAAUGAAUAACUUAUUAGAAAUUUUGAUGUGUCGUAUCGCAGAGUAUCUUUGCUCGUUAUUUGUAUUUUAACUCGCCUUACGGGCUGGUCAAAAUACGACACAACUCAAAAAAAUACUUAGCGGUACUACUCAACAAAACGUCUAAUGAGAUGUAUUUAUUUGUGGUGUGCAGUAGUAUUUGCCGGGUAAAAUGAGGUACAAUUGCAUUCUAAAAUAGUCUGCCACUUCUAGUGAGUUACAUAGAAAGGGUGUAAUAGUAUUUUUGAAAACGACAACGAUGAAUGUGAACCAUGUUUAAUAA